CCCCCUUUCUUCUCCAACCAAUCCAAUUCUUCGGGGCCGCCGCCACCGCCACCGCCACCGCCGUCGCCGCCGGAUUGCUUCCUCGCCUCGUCCGUCCGUCGACACUGCUGCAGCCAGUGCCAGGGGAAAGCGCCGAGGGUGAAAGUGGGGUGCGCCGCCCCCCUGGAGCUCGCUACAGGGGAAGAGGUUCAUUGCCCAAGGAGCAGGGCGGGAUGCGCCACCCGGAAUUCCAGAGGAUGCGCGUGACGCUGGCGAUCGGCGUGGUCGGCCUGUGCGCAACGGCGUACAUCCUCGGCGCCUGGCAAGGCACCUCGUCCGCCAUAAAGGCCGCCCCCCGGCCCGUGUACGCCAAGACGCAGUGCGGUGACACCCCCUCACAAACCCCCAGCAAUGCUUCAGACACCAUCAGCAUCGCGUCGGUGCCGUCCUCAGGCGCCCGUCUCGAUUUCCAGGCACACCACCGGGUGGCCUUCAACGAGUCGUCGCGAGCGACGGAGAUGAUCCCGCCGUGCCAGCUCAAGUACAGCGAGUACACCCCCUGCCAUGACCCGAGGAGGGCGAGGAAGUUUCCAAAGGCGAUGAUGCAGUACAGGGAGAGGCACUGCCCCACGAAAGAAAAUUUGCUCCGGUGCUUGAUCCCUGCGCCUCCGAACUACAAGAACCCCUUCACGUGGCCGCAGAGUCGGGACUACGCCUGGUAUGACAACAUUCCACACCGGGAGCUGAGCAUCGAGAAGGCCGUCCAGAACUGGAUUCAGGUUGAGGGCGACAAGUUUAGAUUCCCCGGUGGUGGCACGAUGUUCCCGCAUGGUGCUGAUGCUUAUAUCGAUGAUAUCGAUGCCCUCAUACCGUUAACUGACGGAAACAUCAGAACUGCACUUGAUACAGGAUGUGGGGUGGCAAGCUGGGGUGCUUUUCUUCUGAAGAGGGGCAUCAUCACCAUGUCAUUUGCACCAAGGGAUUCACAUGAGGCACAGGUACAGUUUGCCUUAGAGAGGGGAGUGCCGGCUAUGAUUGGAGUGAUCGGAACCGAAAGAAUCCCUUACCCUGCUAGAGCAUUCGACAUGGCACACUGCUCUAGAUGUUUGAUCCCAUGGAACAAGCUUGACGGUUUAUAUCUACUUGAAGUAGACAGGGUUCUAAGACCAGGAGGCUACUGGAUCCUCUCCGGCCCUCCAAUCCGUUGGAAGAAGCACUACAAGGGGUGGCAGAGAACAGAGGAAGACCUGAAGCAAGAGCAAGAUGAGAUUGAGGACCUAGCAAAGCGCCUUUGCUGGAAGAAGGUGGUAGAGAAAGAUGACCUUGCUGUAUGGCAGAAACCUAUCAACCACAUGGAGUGUGCUAAUAAACGGAAGGCCGACGAAACUCCGCAGUUUUGCAACAGCAGCGAUGUGGACUCUGCUUGGUAUAAGAAGAUGGAGACAUGCAUAUCUCCUCUGCCGGAAGUGCAAACCGAGGAAGAAGUUGCUGGUGGAGCCCUCGAGAACUGGCCACAAAGAGCGCUCGCAGUCCCCCCAAGAAUAACCAAAGGUUUAGUAUCAGGCCUCACCCCUGAGAAGUUCGAAGAGGACAACAAGCUGUGGGCUGAGAGGGUGGAUCACUACAAGAAACUGAUUCCCCCACUGGCCAAGGGGCGAUACAGGAACGUGAUGGACAUGAACGCAGGGAUGGGUGGUUUCGCUUCUGCGCUGAUGGAAUAUCCGCUCUGGGUGAUGAACGUGGUGCCUUCAGGUUCUGCCCCUGACACCCUUGGUGUCAUCUACGAGCGGGGGUUCAUUGGAACGUACCAUGACUGGUGUGAGGCUUUCUCGACGUAUCCCAGGACGUAUGACCUCAUCCACGCUGAUAAAGUCUUCAGCUUUUAUCAGGACAGGUGUGACAUAACAUACAUUCUCCUGGAGAUGGACCGGAUUUUAAGGCCUGAAGGGACGAUGAUCUUCAGGGAUACUGUGGAGAUGUUAUUGAAGAUACAGGCCAUCACCGACGGCAUGCGAUGGAAGAGCCGGAUCAUGGAUCAUGAAUCCGGGCCGUUCAACCCUGAGAAGAUUCUUGUGGCCGUCAAAACUUACUGGACUGCGGAGGCUGCCCAAAAGCAGCAAUAGCUAUCGCCUUCCUUAGUUGUUCGACGUCAUCUGCUGCAAAAGUUCAGACAGAAAACCUUUUUGUCGAGUCUUCAUCGCCGGUUCUCUGUUAGCUUCAGGAUAUAUCUGUAUAUAGUAGGUGGGAAUUCGCUGUAUCAUCAUCGAUUUAAUUUUGUGGUCUCUGACUCGUGAGUUGCAUUGCGUGACACGACGUAGUGGUGUAUACGAUGGUAUUCAGUCAACCGUUGGAAGAAGAUAUUUGCUCAUAGUUUUGAGCAGAUGAA